AUGGCCGAGAAUGACACCAAGCCCUAUGGCCAGAUCUGCUUCAUCGAAGUGCCCGUGACCUCUGUGUCGCGCGCCUCUACCUUCUACUCUUCCGUCCUCGGCUGGAUCUGUGACGAUCUGGACGGCAAGCCGGUGCCUGGCGGACUCGCGAACCAUGCGAAAUCAAUCCACAUGUUCAACAAGGGCGCCUUGCAUGGGGGCUUCCUGCUCCAGACGCACGAGAACGGCGUUGCCAGAAUCACCGAGUUGGGCCCGCCCGAGCAGGAUGUUCCGGUGAUGACAUUUCUGGUGGAGAGCAUCGACGAGACGCUCAAGAAGGUCGAGGCCGCUGGCGGCAAGAUGUAUAUCCCCAAGACCGAAAUUGGCGGAGGAAUGGGCUUCUUCGCUCGGUUCAUCGACACCGAGGGCAACGUCCAAGGGAUAUGGUCGAAAGAGUAG